GAAACGCGAAUCCCCAGCUAUAAAUAAGCCGCUCUUCCCCCAAAAAUCCCACGAUUUCGAUCGCUCGCUCGCUCGUCGUCGUCUCGAUCGAUCGAUCGGAGAUCGAUUUGGUUUCCGCCGGCCGCCGCCAUGGGGAGCCUCCCGCACUGCCUCUCCGCGCGCCCGCUCGUCGUCGCGGCUGCCCCCGGGCGGCCGCGUCCGUGCACGCGCGGCGGAGGCGGUGUCAGGCGGCGUAAUGCGGCGGUGGGGGUUCGGGCGGCUGUGAGGUCGGUGGCAUCGGCGGUGGAGGCGGAGGUUGGGGAGGAGGAGGAGGAGGCGGAGGAGGAGGAGGAGGUGGUGGUAGUGAUGCCGGAGAGGUACGCGCUGGGCGGCGCGUGCAGGGUGCUCGCCGGAAUGCCCGAGCCGCUGGGGGCCACCGCGCUGGACGGAGGGGUCAAUUUUGCCGUCUACUCCGCCGGCGCCGCCGGCGCCGCGCUCUGCCUCUUCACGCCCGACGAUCUCAAGGCGGAUGAGGUCACUGAGGAGGUUCCCCUUGAUCCGCUGUUCAAUCGGACGGGGAACGUGUGGCACAUCUUCAUCGAAGGCGACCUGCACAACAUGCUGUAUGCGUACAGGUUUGAUGGUAGGUUCGCUCCUCACUGCGGACAGUACUUUGAUGUCUCCAAUGUCGUGGUGGAUCCUUACGCCAAGGCAGUGGUAAGCAGAGGAGAGUAUGGUGUCCCGGGUCCUGGUGGCGAUUGCUGGCCUCAAAUGGCUGGCAUGAUCCCUCUCCCGUACAGUACGUUUGACUGGCAAGGUGACCUACCUCUGCGCUAUCCUCAGAAGGAUCUUGUAAUCUAUGAGAUGCAUUUACGUGGGUUUACAAAGCAUACUUCAAGCAAUGUAGAACAUCCAGGGACUUACAUCGGGGCUAUAUCAAAGCUUGACUAUCUGAAGGAGCUUGGAGUUAACUGUGUGGAGUUGAUGCCUUGCCAUGAAUUCAAUGAGCUGGAGUACUUCAGCCACUCUUCCAAGAUGAAUUUCUGGGGAUACUCCACGAUAAACUUUUUUUCACCAAUGACAAGAUAUUCAUCAGGUGGGACAAGAAACUGUGGGCGUGAUGCCAUAAAUGAAUUCAAAACUUUUGUUAGGGAGGCUCACAAACGGGGAAUUGAGGUGAUCAUGGAUGUUGUCCUCAACCAUACAGCUGAGGGUAAUGAGAAAGGACCAAGAUUAUCAUUUAGGGGGGUAGAUAAUAGCACAUACUAUAUGCUUGCCCCUAAGGGAGAGUUUUACAAUUAUUCUGGUUGUGGGAAUACCUUCAACUGUAACCAUCCUGUGGUGCGUGACUUUAUUGUAGAUUGCUUGAGAUACUGGGUGACUGAAAUGCAUGUUGAUGGUUUUCGUUUUGAUCUUGCAUCCAUAAUGACCAGAGGGUGCAGUCUUUGGGAUCCAGUUAAUGUGUAUGGAGGUCCAGUGGAAGGCGACAUGACUACGACAGGGACACCUCUUGCUACUCCGCCACUUAUUGACAUGAUCAGCAACGAUCCAAUUCUUGGAGAUGUCAAGCUCAUUGCUGAAGCAUGGGAUGCGGGAGGCCUCUAUCAAGUAGGUCAAUUUCCUCACUGGAGCAUUUGGUCAGAGUGGAAUGGAAAGUACCGGGACAUUGUUCGUCAAUUCAUUAAAGGCACAGAUGGAUUUGCUGGAGGUUUUGCUGAAUGUUUGUGUGGAAGUCCACAUCUAUACCAGGCAGGAGGGAGGAAACCUUGGCAUAGUAUCAACUUUGUGUGCGCGCAUGAUGGAUUUACGCUGGCUGAUUUAGUGACGUAUAACAAGAAGUACAACUUAUCAAAUGGCGAGGACAACAGAGAUGGAGAAAAUCAUAACCUUAGCUGGAACUGCGGGGAGGAAGGAGAAUUUGUGGGGUCGUCAGUCAGAAGAUUGAGGAAGAGGCAAAUGCGCAAUUUCUUUGUUUGUCUCAUGGUUUCUCAAGGAGUUCCGAUGUUCUACAUGGGCGAUGAAUAUGGCCAUACAAAAGGAGGCAACAACAACACAUAUUGCCAUGACCAUUACGUCAAUUAUUUCCGCUGGGACAAGAAAGAAGAAUCCUCUGACUUGCACCGUUUCUGCUCUCUCAUGACCAAAUUCCGCAAACAAUGUGAGUCCCUUGGCCUUGAGAAUUUCCCAACAGCUCAACGGUUGCAUUGGCAUGGCCACCAGCCUGGGAAACCUGACUGGUCUGAGACAAGCCGUUUCGUGGCCUUCUCCAUGAAAGAUGCAACAAAAGGCGAGAUAUACGUGGCCUUCAACGCCAGUCAUUUGCCGGCGGUUGUUGGACUUCCGGAGCGUCCUGGAUACCAUUGGGAACCACUGGUGGACACAGGCAAGCCAGCACCAUAUGACUUCCUCACCGACGACCUACCUGAUCGCGCUUUCGCUGUCCAGCAAAUCUCUCAUUUCCUCAACUCCAAUCUCUACCCCAUGCUCAGUUACUCCUCCAUCAUCCUUGAAUUGCAGCCUGAUGUUUGAAGAGAACUAAAGCAUAUAGUAUAUAGUAAAGAAGUAUAGCAAUGAAUAUGAACAAAGCCCUUUUGCGAAUCUGCCGAAGUUGUGCCUUCUGUUUUGAA